CUCCCCCUCCGCCUCCUCCCCCUCCUCCUCCCGCGCGGGGCCUGCAGCUGCCUUCUUUCCCGUGCGGCGCGAGCCAUUCCCGAGGCAACCAUGGAGCCUCGAGCGAGCGACGGCCCCGCGGCCCGGGGGCGACCGUUAACGGCUGUCUUCCGGCUGUCUUUGGUGCUGCUGCUGGCCAUGAUCUCGGCGCCGGAUGAAGCGGAGGGCUGGGGCGACAAGAAGUGCCACUACUACGCCGGGGGAGAGGUGUACCCGGGCGAGGCGGGCAGGGCCCACGUCACGGACCACUCGCUGCACCUCAGCAAGGCCAAGAUUUCUAAACCAGCACCUGAAUGGGAAGGAACAGCAGUCAUCAAUGGAGAGUUUAAAGAACUAAAAUUGUCAGAUUUUGAAGGGAAAUACCUUGUUUUCUUCUUUUAUCCUCUUGACUUCACAUUUGUGUGUCCAACCGAAAUAAUUGCCUUCAGUGACAGAAUUGAAGAAUUCAGAGCAGUAAAUGCUGAAGUAGUAGCUUGCUCUGUAGAUUCGCAGUUCACUCAUCUAGCAUGGAUCAAUACACAACGGAAACAAGGAGGACUUGGACCUGUGAAGAUACCACUUCUUUCUGAUUUGACACACCAGAUCGCAAAGGAUUAUGGUGUUUAUCUAGAGGACCAAGGACAUGCUCUUAGAGGCCUGUUCAUUAUUGAUGACAAAAAAAUUCUUCGACAAAUAACAAUGAAUGACCUUCCCGUUGGAAGAUCUGUGGAUGAAACUAUUCGUCUAGUACAAGCAUUCCAGUAUACCGAUAAACAUGGAGAAGUUUGUCCUGCUGGAUGGAGACCAGGCAGUGAAACAAUAAUUCCGGAUCCUGCAGGAAAACUGAAGUAUUUUGGUAAAAUGAACUAACUACAAUUUUUCAAAAACACAAUUAAGAUAUUGUCAAUAAAGUUCUGCUACUUUUGAUAA